AUGUCAGGGCGGGGCAAGGGCGGCAAGGGUUUGGGCAAGGGCGGAGCGAAGCGCCACCGUAAGGUUCUCAGAGACAACAUUCAAGGCAUUACCAAGCCGGCCAUUCGGCGUUUAGCUCGUAGAGGUGGAGUGAAGCGUAUCAGUGGGCUCAUCUAUGAAGAAACCCGUGGUGUUCUCAAGAUCUUCCUUGAGAAUGUCAUUCGUGAUGCCGUCACCUACACUGAGCAUGCUCGCCGCAAGACUGUUACGGCAAUGGAUGUUGUUUAUGCUCUUAAGAGGCAGGGCAGGACCCUCUAUGGCUUCGGCGGUUAG